UGUGAUCAGUGUGGGAAGGAUUUUACUAAUAAGGGUUUAUUAAAAAUACAUAAAGUGAUCCACACUGGAGAGAAGCCGUUCAGCUGUGACUUGUGUGGAAAGUCUUUUACCCGGGCUGGAAACUUAAAAACACACCAACUCAUCCACAGUGGAGAGAAGCCGUACAGCUGUGAUCAGUGUGGCAGAGCUUUUAAUCACAGUAGCAGCUUAAAGAAGCAUCAAGUCACCCACUCUGGAAUUAAGGCAUACAGCUGUGACUAUUGUGGAAAAACUUUCAGUCACCUAAGAAGCAGAAAUGCACACCUACGCAUUCACACUGGACAUGAUGUGUACUGCUGUGAUCAGUGUGGCGAAAAGUUUGGAACAGACCAACAUUUACAAUCCCACAUGUUUACCCACACUGAGGAGAGACCUCAUAAAUGUGACCUGUGUGAUAAGACUUUUAAAGCUCCACAGUACCUGAGAGCACACCAACAGAUCCACAGCAGAGAGAGACUCUACAAGUGCAGUUACUGUGAGAAGUGAUCCUUACAGAUCAAUCAGAGGCUGCACAGUACAGCCCUGCUGACACGGCAGAGGAACCACAUGGAAACAUGAUCUUUAAAUCCAUGUUUAA